CCCCUUCUGGCGCAUAUUUCGCCCUCUAGUGUAGCCUUGAUGUAAUUUUCGCAUAGCAGACGGUGAGUUUCGCCGGCCUGCUCGAAAAAAAUAUUUCGCAGAAGACAGUUUUCUCGUGUCUAAUCGCCGACGGCGAUCAGUGAAUUGUGUUCAAAAUGAUGGAAGGAACUCUUUCCGAGUAUGUUUUCUACAUGCUAUGUCCGUGCGCGUUCUUGGUUGGACUGUUCUCACUUAUAAAACAUAUCAUCCGCAAGACGGAAUUCUUCCAUACCGAGGACACACUGGAAGGAAAGACCGUGGUUGUUACAGGUGGUUCAGGUGGCCUGGGUCGUACGUUAUGCCUGGAGCUUGCCCGACGAGGCGCACGCGUGGUCAUCGCCGGCCGCACGCGGCUUCGACGGGACUCUACGGCAUAUUUCUUGCGCGAGAAAACAGGUAGCUUCAAUGUACGCGUCAUGUACAUGGACCUUACCAAUCUGGAGUCCAUCCGGGAGUUCGCCAAAGAACUUAUCGCUACUGAAGAACGCUUGGACGUCAUCAUCAACAAUGCAGCCAUAUUGUCGGGACGGGACUACACCGCUGACGGCAUCGACCUUAUGAUGGGCGUCAACUUCGUGGGCCACUUCUUCCUGACAACAUUACUCAUCGACAAGUUGAGGUCUACUCCCGGAGGCAUUCGCCGCGUCAUCAACAUCGUCUGCGGAGGCUUCAAGCAAGGCGUGCUAGCCGAACUGGAGGACAUGGAAGAUAAGCACGUCAAGAGUGAAUAUGACCACCGCAGCGUGUACCGCAGUAGCAAGCUCGGACUAUAUCUCUUCAACAAGGAAUUGGCUAGACGGUAUCGUCCUUUCGAUGUGGCUGCCCUGUGCGUAGACCCCGGGCCGGUGUCCAGUGGUCUUUACAAGAACCUCCCUGGCUUCGAAGGCCGCUUCAUGAGCACCCUGGCAAGAAUCAUGUUCCGUACCACAGAGGAAGGAAUCCAGUCCGCCCUCUACGCAGUCAUGGCCCGCAAAUUGGAGAACGAGUCUGGAAAGGUGAUCAAGGACUGCUCCGCGUACGACGUGAAGAACUCGGAAUGGACCGAGGAAGCUUGCAAGUCCCUUUGGGACAGAACCGAAGAGCUGAUCCGCUCAAAGGGCAUUCCCUUCUCUCUCGAAGAGGAAGAGGCUGAAGAGGAGGACCUGGGAGGAGAAUAUGUCACGGAGAAAGUCAACUUCCAGGACUUCGCACAGCGCAUGCAGAGUGCGUCACAAGACAAGAACGACUCGCCACCUCCGAAGGAAGAGAGCCCGGUCAAGGAACCGGCCAAACAGGAGACACCUAAACCUAAACCUCCUCCUCCGGCAAAGGAAGAAGAGGAAGAGGAGGAAUAUGAAGAUGAUGAAGAGGAGGAGGAAGAAGAGGAAUAAUGAACACUUGAACUGUAGGAAGUGUAAUUCAGAAGAGCUCCUUCGAGGUGUGUCGGAGAUCGUGAUCCAGUUUUACAUGAGUUAUACGUGCCCGCCGUUCCCCCGUGUUCUGUUUAAUGUUUACAGUUGACGAAGAAGACUUGCGCAAGCCUGAAAGUUUGUCGGAAACGUUUCCUCCUGGUGGGACACCAUUUAUGCAUGAUGUGGUAUACGAAAAAUCGUGUUCGCGUGUAAUGUAGUGUGAGAAGCCUGGGUAGACAUAUAUCAUGUGUCACUUUCGGUGCUCGCAGUCUGUCAAGUGUUUGAAGAUAAGCCUAUAUUGUUUUUAAGAUUUGGAAUGAGCUUUCGUAACUACAAUUCACUUUGUCUUUUUUUUAUUUUUGUUGACAUGGUACUUAGAGUUGAAGGCUUUCAGGAAGCAUACAUAUAUUCAAAAUUCGGAGUGUGGAAUCAAAGCUGAAAUGCAGGCAGUAAAAUUUAUUUUUAGAAUGUAUGUUUUUUAAAUUAUUCAAAUUAUGUAAAAUUCUAUUUAUUUUUAGAGAUAAGUCAGAUCAAACACCUUUCGAUCUUGGGGGGGGGGGGGGGGAUGAGGAGUCAUUCACGGAUAUUCUCGCCUUUCGAACACAAAAGUGGGUACAGUACCAAGGCUAUCAGGAGUCUGAUGCUUUUUUUUUCUGUUCUCUUUUUUUUUCUUCACUUCUUCCUUUUAGACCUUUUCGUUUUCCCCCACGAAGCUUAUUUGGCUCGGCUCUGCUGCACUUUGAUCCCAUUCUGGAGCUGCUUUCCCUGGGAUGUUCAGGAUAUUUCAUAAUUCCUGUUCAGCCUAAAUAUUUUGCACUUAUGUAUAAGCAUAGUGGUACUCGGUAUUCCAUCCAGAUGUCAGUCAAGCACUCAAGCUUCACACAAAUUAAAGGAAACAAAUGUGGUCAUUUUGACUUUGCAUUCUUUAUUCCCGUACCGAUAUUUCCCUCUGUGAUUUAAUUCUUGACAAGGCUCAAACGCGUUCCUACUGUCCGCUUGAUGUCUUAGUCUCCAAUACUGUCUGUCUGCCUUCAUAGUUUACGUUUGUUUUAGUGUUAGUGUCUGUGUCCAGGUAAACAUAUCCACACCAUUCUGCUCGUUGUGCAGUAUGAAGAGAGAAAAAGCAGUAAGCACUUGACUGUUGCUGUUGUUUACAGUUGUAAUGUUCCUCAAUCCUUUUUUUUUUAUUGUCAUCUUCCUUUGUAUCUACAUACAAAUUCCAGAAUAAAGGUGAUAACCCACUGUG